ACAAAUCGUCUGGCAUGUCACAUGUGGCAAGUUCAAUGUUGAUUUUUUUAAAUUGUCAUUAUAGUUAAUUAAUUACUCGCCAAUUUCAACUAAAAUUUAUCGUAGGAAAUCAUCAUCAGUAUCACCAUCGAAGUUUUGCAGUCUGUGUUACUAAAACUAAACAAAUUGAAACUAAACGUUUGUUUUUUACAUUGCCUAUUUUAAAUAAUUUAAAAAGAAGUUGAAGCAAUAAGAAUCCAUCAUGGGAGAACGUAAAGGAACCAACAAAUACUACCCACCGGACUACGAUCCGAAAAAGGGGGGCCUCAAUGCCUUCCUUGGAACACAUGCCCUUCGCGAAAGGGCGAGGAAACUCCACCUCGGAAUCCUUAUCAUCCGUUUCGAAAUGCCGUACAACAUGUGGUGCGAUGGUUGUAAGAAUCACAUCGGGAUGGGGGUUAGAUAUAAUGCAGAGAAAACCAAAAUUGGAAUGUAUUAUUCCACACCAGUUUACCAGUUUCGGAUGAAGUGUCACCUGUGCGAUAAUUACAUUGAGAUGAAAACGGACCCAGGGAAUUUGGACUAUGUAAUUGUAAGUGGAGGACGAAGGCAAGAAAAUCGUUGGGAUCCGACGGAAAAUGGUCAGGUUGUUCCAGACGAUAAGCGAGUUAUUCGACAACUCGCGGACGAUGCAAUGUUCAAAUUACAACAUGGAGUGGAUGACCAAAGCAAGUUGAAAUCCGUGGCUCCGACGAUAGGGAAACUGGAAGAUUUACAAGAACGGAUGAAGGAUGAUUACUCAGCGAAUAAAGCAUUGCGAGAUAUUUUUAGGACGAGAAAGAAAGAAAUCAAGGUUAGUGAAGACAAGGACAAUGAGUUCUUGAGAAAACGGUCGCUAAACAUCCCAUUACUAGAGGAAUCUGAAGAGGAUGCUAAAAUUGCGUCCCUCAUUAGGCUACAGCCCUCCCAAAGCAUCGAGGAAAGACAGAAAAGAAAACGCUUGGAAAUAGAUCAAAAGUGUAGCUUCCCCUUUCCACUCCCAUCAUCGGCUGAAACUGCGUCCACAAAUGAUUCAUCCGAGACCAAAAUUAAGACGGAGCCGGAUGAUCCACUCUUUCCUAGUUUCACCACCACAAAAGUAGACAAUUUUAAUCCCACCAGGGUGAAGCUGCUGGACAAGCAGAGAUCAAGUCUUGGAAUCAAUCUUGUUCGAAGAAUAAAGUCUGAAAAUGUGUCAGUCCCAUCCUCCCCUUCACCGUCUCAAAGCUCUUCAAUGUCGUCGGAUUCAGCAUUAUCACCUCCUCCAGUAACAACGUUAGAAAACGAUAACGUUAUCGUUCAGAAUAAUUUGAAUAGUAUCGUUGUUGAUAUCUCAAAUGAACUUCCAACAAGUUUGACAAAUGGUGCUGCGUCUGGAGGACUGUCCCUUAUAUCUUGUGAUUAUGGGUCAACUAGUAGCGAAGACGAGUGAAGUAAAAUAGACUGAGUCACGACCAAUUUAGUUUUUAUAUCAAAAACUUUAACUUUAGAAAAUUAAAUUUAAAUUAGUGCAAAUCCACCAUGCGUUCAAUAAUAAGUUCAAUUUCACAAACAUUAUGUACAGACGA